AGAAUAGGAAACACACUGUUAUACAAAUCGAAAAGCACUGUGUCUAAUCCGGUUCUGACAUUUCUGCUCCAAGUCCUCUGCUUUGGAGACAACUCGACUCAGCCGCAGUGGCGCUGCCGCCUACGCCACAAACAGUCGCGUUACGGAUAGCCUGGCACCUGUCCGCACACUUCAAGAACCUAUAACUUAUGGUACAGCCCAGAUUGUUUAAAGCUGCGCAGUUCUUCCUCUUAAUCGGGUUCCGCCCAUCGCUCGCUUUCGCAUGUGCAGCUCUGCCUUUUGGACUAUCACUAAGUAACAUGACAACAAGCCGCGCAUCCAUGCCUUCCAAGAUCAACAGCUCUGCCUUCUUCAGUGAAUGGAAGGGCCAUCCUAUUUCGGACUUGGCCAAGUUCCGCGACACCACUCGCGCCGUCCGACCAGGAAAACCAAUAGUAUACCUGGCCGGCGACUCCUCUUUAGACAAUAAGGCUUGGGUUACAGCAUCAGAGCCCAUUUCGCCUGCGCAAAUAUACAAAGAGACUCUUCGAACCUCGUCCUAUUCUGGUAUCAAACCUGACAUUGCAUACUGGCUGAAUCACUUCCUCGGCGACCGCGCAACAUGCAUCAAUGCCGCCAUUGAAGAAUCUCUUCUCCGUGAGCGCGACGAUCGGCUCCUUGAACACGAUCUCUUCAUCCGCGACAGCAUUACGGCCAACGACAUUCUAAUAGUCAGCGUCGGCGCAAACGACAUUGCACUCCGACCCACCACAAGCACGAUGCUUCACAUGGCAGACCUUGCUUGGACAACCCGCCGGUCCAGCAUCCAAGAUGGUUCAGCAUCCUCGCUAGUGUACUUCCGCAAAAUGUUCAAAGACAAGACGGAGAAUUACAUCUCGCGCAUGCUUGAGAAGCAAAAGCCUCGCGCUGUGAUCGUAUGCAUGAUCUACUACCCACUCGAAGCUGAUGCGGGCCAAACGGGUUGGGCGGAUAUGCAGCUGAAAGCGUUGGGUUACAACAUGCGGCCAGGGCAGCUUCAGGCUGCCAUCAAGCAGAUUUACGAGUCUGCGACGAAGAAUAUAAGGAUUGAAGGGACUCAGGUGCUAACUUAUCCCUUGUUUGAGGUUCUGGACCCAAGGGACGCGAAAGACUUCACGGCGCGCGUCGAGCCCAGCACUGAAGGUGGCAGGAAGAUGGCCCAGAGAUUCUCGGAGAUGGUUACUUCGAUCUUAGGCGAUGUGUGACUGGUAUUAAUAGCUGAAAAGGUUUCAAAGAGACCUUCAAGCGAGGGAACCAAUCUGGAUAGCCGCAGAAGGAUAAAUCCACGCGGCCAGAUGCAUACGCGUCGAAAUAUGUACAUUGUGUUGAAAGGAUGUCACUGUUAUGUUUCGGCAAGCUACUCAGCGUCUUACGGGUGCACGUCGUGAUCGAACAUUGUGAUGAUAGUUUAUAUUCAGAGGAG